GGCGCGAAAGUGUUUUGUGUUUCGGGUGUUUAGGUGAGAUUUGCGUUUUUUCAUGGGUCUCAAUUUUCUAAAUUAAAUUCUUGGUAUCAUUUUUUUGAGCCAUAAUAAUUAUGUUGAAACUAAACAUAGAGGCGUCACUUUAUUUUAUUUUAUUUUGCUAAAUACGGGACGCCUUGCAAUAACUCGAUUUCAGAAUAAUGGAAUCUUCUGUUACGUUUGAAGAUAUUGUAGAAUCCAACUCGUCCAAUGAAUGCAACAUUAGAAGAUUCAAAAUAACAUCGUCAGAAUGUCAUGUUCCUGACAGUGGUGAUGAUGAAGGUGAAAAUGUCGAUGUUGGUCCCGUUAAGAUGGUGAAAAAACGAUUGCAACAGAUGUCUACUAGUGAAAGUGACGGCGAUUCACCGUCCAAAACUACUAACAAAAGUGAUGAUGAAUCUAGGCUCCUGAAAAGUGACCAAAAUAAUCGUAGCAAUAAGAAUAACAAUGGAAGCUUUAUGAAUUGUGUGAAGAAACGAAUACAGAAGUUUUCUGUCAGCGAAAGUGAUAAUGAUAAAGAGUAUGAAGGAAAUGUUUGUGAUCUCAAAACAAACAGUAGUGAUAGUGAUGAAGGGUUACAUUUUGAAACUAAAAAACAGAAGUUUAGGACAAAGAUAGCUCAUCACAGUGAUUCGGGAUCCAGUGCUGAUGAGGCUUUGAAAAAUGAACAGCAGCAAUUACGAAUGAAGAAUAAAAGGAAUAAGCUAAAAGAAAAAUUCAAAAGUUUGGUUAAAUCCAGAUUAAAUGAAUCAAACACUGAAAAGGUCGGUUUUCACAGUGGCAGUGAGACUGGAGGAGAUAACAUUAAAUACGCAGAUAAUUCAGAGCAAUCAAAUCAUGACGAAACUUCUAUUGAAAGAAUUAAACAGAUUAUCAAGGACAAAACUACUUCAUAUAAAAAUACAAUAUGUGAUCCAGAUACUUCAGAUGAAGAAAAUCACUCUAGUACAAAAUCUAUACCACAAAAAAAGCAAGGAAGAAAAUCUGCAAAGCUUACUUCACCUAAGCCCAUUCGGAUAACUGCUAAACAAGCAUUGGAAAAUAUGAAAAAGAUUAAGAGUGAGUCUAACAGAAUGCUAAGAGAAAAGGAGGUGACACUGCCUUACCACCGGCCAAAGGCGUUGAACCUCAAAGACAUCAUAAGCAGAAGGAAGCCAGCAGUCUCUUCUGAUGGCAAGACAUUGCCAAUCAAGAUGAAUGAGGAACAACUAAAGCAAUAUGCAAAAAUUUUAGAGGAAAGACAAAAAGAAAUGAUGGAACUUUGCAAAAGUGACACAGAUGAGGACCCUGAAGAAAAUGAACCUGAAAAGAAAGAUGAAUCUACUCAUCUAUCAGAUUAUCAUAAAAUAUCUGAAUGUGUGGGAAAGAAAGAGGGACCAAAACUAAAUGUCAAUGAAAACUUGGAAGAUGAUAUGGAAAUAUCAAGUAAUACUGUACAUUCAUCAGUUGAAACUGGUGGCAAGAUACCAGACAAUGUUGAACAAGACAACACUAGCGAAAAUAGUGCUGGUAUUGAAUCGGGAGCAAAAGAAGUUGACAAUACAGUAAAUUUAGUUUCAGAUAUGAUUUUAAAUGAUGCUGAAGAUGAUAAUAAUUCUGUUGUCAAAGUUUCAGAAACUGCUAAUCAUAGUAUGAAUAGCAGCACUUCUAAUGCAGAAAUGUCUUUGGUGUAUAAUGAUUCAAUAGAGGAAACUUCAAAUGAAAACACUGUAGCAAUCUCUAAUAAUGAGACAGAUAAUAUUACUUGUGAGAAAUCUAAAGAAAUAGAUGUUAAGCAAGCAACCAAACUAGAUAGUCAAAGGGUAUCUUUACAUUAUGAUACCGAAAAAACAGAAAUAGACACUGAAAAUAUGGAACUGAAGGAGAAUGAACCACAUCCUUCCACUAGUAAAGAUUUGAGUGAUGUUGCAAUUGAUGAAGUGUGUAGAGACAAUGAUUUCUCCGAUGAUGACAUGAUUAAUUUGGACGAAAUAGAUAAUCUGAUUGAGAAUGCUCAUAUACUCAAAGAUAAUAAUGACGCCACCUACGCAAAUUCUCCAAUGCUCAUAAACGAUACUAAUAUAUCCAAUCUGAAACCUAAACUAACUGGAGCUCCAGGAAUGGUUAUUGACUUAGACGGCACAGACACUUUAGCACAGAAAAAAGUUACAGGAUUGGAGCUGCUUAAAGAAAGAUUUACAUAUUUUGCUAAGCUCAAGACACCAGAAGAGUUAGAAAGAGAGAAAGAGAAGAGAUUGAAGCCAGGCGCUCAACAUUUGAAACUGAGGCACGAACUAGAAGAGAAAAUGGCCGAGCAGCGUUCAUUAGAGUGGGCGAAACGUUUAGAUGAAGAAAAGAAGCAACAAAUGGAAAUGAACGCCAUAAGGGGCGAUGAAUCUGAUGAUGAAAUAGAGAAAAUGGAAGCCAAAUUGGAUGAACAAGAAACAUUGAAUAAAGAAUCAUCAGAGAGUGAAGAAAGUGAUGAAGAAAUGUUAGAAAUAAAAGAUAAGCCAAGGAAGAGAAAUCCUAUGAUUGAUGAUGAAGCUGAGGAGUCAGAUGUCGAAGAAUGUGUUGGAGAACAUAAUAAAGAAGAAGAACAGAUAGAAAAUGAUGAAGUGGAAGAAGAUGAUGCGGAAGAGAAUAAUGAUGAAGAGAGUGAGGAAUCAAGUGAGGAGUCAUCGGAAGAGGAAACGGAAGUUAGAGCAAAGAAGGGUCGUAUUUUAAAAGCUUUUGAAGAUUCAGAUGAAGAAGAUGAUAUUCCUAAAAACAUAGGCCAGGCAGAGACAAAAGACCAGAUAACAGAAAAUAAAAUACAUUUUGAAAGUCAAGUUAUUUUAGAGUCUCAAGAUGAAGAUCUACAGCUAGCUCAAAGACACAAAUCACUAUCUGGAGAUUUGUUCACAAGCCAAGAGAGUAUUGCUAAAUUGCAAACUAACUGCGGUGGCCCUAACGAAGAACCUGAUAUUGGGACUCAGACAUUCUCAAUAUUGAACGAACGCACUACUACUAUGUCUAUGGACUUGGAUGAGCCAGAAAAAUUAAAUGUCAUCUCUGAAACUCAACCCAAUGAUGAUUCCAGUUUGGAUGCAGUAAUAGGGAUGUGUUCAGGGACUUUCACACAAAACCUGGUGGAUUCACAGGUUCCAUCAACUGGGUUACUAGCUGGAAACAAAUUUAGCGUAAUUUCCAAAACACAGAAAAAUGGCGAGCCUAAUUUAGAAGAAGUAGUGGGAAUGUGUUCCGGAAGUUUCUCCCAAAAUUUGGUAACAACCCAGACUCCAGCAGAAUCCCAACCCAUUGGAGAGGACAUAUUGAACCUAUGCACUGGAAAAUUCUAUGACAAUAAAUUUAUAACUCAAAAUAGUGAUGUCAAAAAUAUUGAUGAAUCGCAAAUAUCAGCAACUGCAAAAGAAAAUGGGACACCAACAGAAAAUAAAAUUCAGGACGAUAAUUUAAAGUCCAUACUUGAAGAACUAAAUGAUCCAGAAUUUGAAGAACUGAAACCUAAGAAGUAUUUUAUGGAUAAUCCUAAAGAUGAAUCUAGCACACAGUUUAAGAAAAAGUUCAUUAUUGAUUCGGAUGAUGAAACAAAUAACGAGACUAGUGAUGUUAAACAAAAAAAGAAAAUUAAAAAGAAAAAACUUGAGAAGAGGGCAUUACAAAUAUCAGACGACGAGGAAGAUGAAUGUGAGGAAGAAUUUGAAGAUGGAGAGGAAGUUCAAGAUUAUACGUCUGAUGUAGAAGACGCCGAUAGACUGGUAGAAUACGACUCUGAAGAGAAUGAGGUAGAAGUAAAACCGCAAAAGGAGAAGCAGAAGCGCAAGAUGGCGGAGUUUUUUGAACAGGAGGCGGAACUGACGUCAGAGGACGAGUGGCUGGGGUCCGGGGACGAGGACGAGGCGGGGCUCGACCGCAUGGAGCGCGAGGCCGGCGACGACGACGCCUUCCACCAGGGGGCGCUGCAGGCGGAGCUGGGGCAGAUACACAUGCGGGACGUGCUGGAACAGGAUAAGAGAGAGGUGCGCCUGCUGCAGGAACUGUUGUUUGAGGACGGGGAUCUCGGCGAAGGGCACCGCCAGCGGAAGUUCCGCUGGCGGAACGCUGAUGGCGAGGAAGAAGACGGUGGUGUUCCUGAUGAAUUAGCGGACACGCAAGAAGAGGAGAUGGAGUCGGAGGAACAGUGGCGGAAACAGCGGCACGAGAGGGAACUCUUCUUGCGGCAAAUGCAAAACAAAGAUGAAGAUGAAGUCAACAUGAGCAUAACCAAAACAACCAUAAUCAAAGCAGAUCUGUGCUCGUUGUCCGAAGCCAGCCACAUCAGCGUUAAUAUUGAUAGUCCCGUCGUUGAACAUAAGUCGUCUAAGGAUAUUCCUAGCCCAAAAAGAGCCUUUACUGUAUUCCAGCAAAGCUACCACGGGUCGCUGCUGUCGCGCGGCGGACGGGCGCUGGCGCGGCUGGCGGCGCUGGCGGCGCCGCUGACCGACGACGUGCCCGCGCCGCCCCGCAGCAAGAGGAACUUCGUCUUCACCGCUAGGGACCACGACGACUCUGACAAUAAGGUGACGAAACGAAAAGCCGACACCAACGUCGGGACUCCGAGACUUGUGAAGAAAAUGAAGACUGAAGAAAUGAAAAAGGAUAAGCUGUUCCCAUACGCCGAGGAAAAUGUGAAGCAGUACUUGGAGAACAAUUGGGAAGAUGAACGCGUCAAGGGAGCCGUGACUGCGCUCAGAAAACUGGCGCUGGAAGAUCAGGAGAAAAAUGUGGAAGGUGUGGUCGCGAUCCCUGCCGAGGAUGCGAGCAAAGAGGAGCAGAUUGAGGGCUUGGUGAACAAUGUGAAGUGGCAAAUGUCUGCGGACCGUAAGGCGGGCCCUCUCAAACAGCUACAGGGCUUGAUCUGGAAGCAGGGCUAUGAUAGCGGCGACAUCAAGGGCCACGUAUACGACGACGUGUUGCCAGCCCUUGAGCAAUGGCGUGCCACGGAAGGCCAGAAGGUAUACAUCUACUCGUCGGGCUCCGUCGACGCCCAGAAACUCUUGUUCGAACAGUCGCUCGCCGGGGACAUGUUGCCGCUGAUCGACGGCCACUUCGACACAGCUGUUGGCGCGAAACAGGAGGCUGCUAGCUAUGCCGCUAUUGUGGAGAAAAUCGGAUGCAAACCUGAGGAGAUACUCUUCCUUACUGAUAUUGUAAAAGAGGCGGAAGCGGCCCGUUCUUCCGGGCUACACGCAGCGCUCGUGAGCCGCGCGGGCAACGCUCCGUUAGCCGCAGACGCGGCCGCCGCCUUCCCCGUGCUGCACAGCCUGGCGCAGCUGCUGUCCAACAAGCGCAAGACGGACCCGCAGGAUGAACAACCAGCUAAAAUUGCCAAAACCGAUUCUGAAGAAGACAUAAAACCAGUCGAAGCUGAAGUUUCGAAAGCGCCCGCGGUAAUUGUCGCAGCAGAUCCAGAAAAUACUGAACAAAUGGAAGUUGAAGAAACCGCGCCUGUUGAACAGUUGGCCACAGUUGAACAAACCGCCACUACAAACGGUGACCAGAAAAUUCAGGAUUCUCCUGUUGAAAAAGCUGUUGUAGAGGAGAUAACAGACUCUAAUGAUAUUGCUGACAUUCCAGUAAUUACUGUAGAACCUGUGGUAGUAGAAGAGAGUGAUAAGACUGACGAGAUUGAGACUGAAAAAAUGGAAACUGAUGUAACAGAAACUACCCCACCAGGAAAAGUUGAAACUGAAGUGAAAGCUUCUGAAAUAAUUACUGAAAUCGAAGAAAUAACGGACAAAAAUCCUCUGCCAGAGGCUGCUGAAGUUGUUGAUGAUAUUGUACCAGUUGUAGAAGAACCGACUGCCGUCGAAGAAGAUAUGGAAGUUUUACAAAAUGUUGGAGAAUCACUAGAAAAAGAAUGUGAAGAAAUAUUAUCGAAGGUGCAGGAUGUCACUAACCUAGAUAAUAUUCCUGUAAAGCCUUUGUUGAACCCUAUUGCAGAAGAAAUAAUGGAAACAGAAAAUACAGAUUCAAAUGAUAUUGUGGAUAGGAUACUUGAUACAGAAUUAGAACUUGGUAUGAAGCAGUGUGAUGAUAUUGAUUUAAAUAAUGUGGCAGAACUCACAGAAACAAAUACCAGGGAUAGCGAUAAAACUGAACAGAUAGAGGCAGUUGCUGCGAAUAAUGUUCCUGAAGAUAAGAUAGUUGCAGAGGCAGAGGUUAAAAAAACCACAGAAACUAUGGAAGAGAGUACUGUUACAGAAGCAAUAACUGAAAGUAAAGCAGUUGAAGUAGACAUUAAAGAGACACCCGAAGAAAGUAAAGAAACGCCUAAAGUAAGUGAAGCUGCUCCAGAAGGAAGCACAGGAACACCUGAAGAAAGCAAAGAAGCAGUCGUAAAAACAAGGAAUGUAUCAGAAGCACAGGCAGCCACAGACAAAGGGGAAGAAAAGGAGACUGAAGCAAAAGAAAACGAUAAACCAUCUGAAUCGAAUGCCGAAGAGGCCAAAGUUAAUGGAAGCAUGACUAACGGCGAUUCUGAAACAGUGAACUUAAAUGGGGAUGCUAAAAACGAGGAAUUAAAUUCAAGGCUUUCCGUUGAGAACGGCAAAGAAGUAAAUGGCUCUAAUGGCGAUGCUAAGGAAACAGAAGAGAAGGGACAGGGAGAUGCUAAAGAAGUAGAGGUUCCAGAAAUCAAAGUGAAGUCUGUUCCCGUCGAUGAGCAGCGUACUGAUCCCAUAGAGCAACCUACGGAAGCAUAAAAUAAUAUGUGUGAUGGGCGGAAACCGCAGGCCGCUGCAGCGUUGUUGGUUCACAUCAGAAGAUUGACAAGACUGAGGUUGCUUCCACGCUAACUGACAUCUAUCUAGUUGAUAUGUGUAUUGAAAUUUCACUAUGUACCGGUGGCGGCGAUUAUUGUGUACUGUGUACGCCAAAAUAAGAAACUCUGCAGUUGUAUCGGCUGCUUUUCUUAUCUACAUGCCAACUUAUGUUGUUAAUUGAGUUUUAUGGUUCGAGACUGUACAAUCAAUGUUGUUGGCAUGUAGCUAAGCACACUAGCAGUUACACCGUUAGAGUACCUUGGGGAAACCGAAGGCAUAUAGUGCUUCUGAAUGAGAUAUUGUUUAAAGUCUUGUUGUAUAUUUGGUUUGCCGGUCUUAAAAUUGGUGCAGAUGGAUUCUAAUUACAAACCUUUUGGUGGUAGAAUAUAGGAAUGUAACCAAUUAUUUUAUUCCGAAGCACGAUGUGUGUUUCUUAUCUCCGGUUACCGUAUGGACUUAGGUACAACCACUGCUUAAUUAGAAUUUAGUGUUCACUAUGAGCGAUCGUGGCAAUUAUUUGUGUUUAGUCCUUUUAAAAUUUAAAAGAAAGAGCUACUUUUGUGGUACUAACAAUAAUAUUUUUACGCAAUAUUAAUUUCUUCCAAUGAUACGAGAUUUACUUCCCCCAAUUUCUUGCCAUAAACUUUUAUUAGUAUUUAGUGUUGUCUUACUAUUAAUUAUAAUAAGCUUUUGAAGUUAAUUUAUAACAAUACUUGAUACUAUUGUUAUAAAUUAACCUGGAAGCUAUGUAUAAGUAAAGCCUUAUUUUAAAACUUGUCAUUUUCCGUGCCAAAAACUUUGAGAUAUUAUCCUGCGUAAGCCUGAAAUAAGACUACAUUACAUAAGAUUUGAUUCAAAAGCCAGCGAUGUGGCGUCUUAACGCCGAAAUAUGUCAGAAACUGCAUAAAACUGAAGAUAUUUAAUUUUUACAUGAUAUUGAAGUUCUGCUCGCGGUCGUUCAUAGUGAAAUAGUUUUUAACUUUCGAUGUAAGUGAUGUAAGAUCGUUAUAGCUUAAGGUUACAUCAUCCUAAUUAGACAUUCCUAUACGCAGUAUACAACAGUGGUUUACGGUUAUAUUAUAAGUAGAUGUGACAAUUUUACACAAAUUUAUAGUAAUGCCAAUUUGUGGCAUAUUUCAUAGAACGCUUCGUCUUUUUCGGAGGUUUUGUUAAAAAAGAGAAUUGAUAAAGAAAGUGACCUACCUGACAAGUACUUUGUAUAUCAAUUUCCUUUUAUAAAUUAUAUGAACGAUAAACGGAGUUACCAGUGCACAAUGUUUGCCGCUACUUCUCAUUUUUGACCUAAAGUAAGUUUUAAUUCAUAAGUAUUAAUUAACUGUAUUGUGAUUCUUAAUUAUCGUAUCUAUAUACUAUUCAAUUUUCCUAAAUUUUACCCACUGCCAAACUUGCACCGUUUCAUCUGAAGUUGGUCUAUGCAGGUUAUUGUGAUAUUGAAAUGAUAUGAAGACUGUACUAAGAUAAGUAUUGAUCUGAGGGCUGUGUUAGUGAUGUAUUUAUUGAACUAGGCGCGGGAAUGGAAUUGGUUAAGUAGGUACUCGAUUAUUUAUUUUUUCUAAUGAUUUAAUUAUGUAGUUCGCGUUGCAAAGUAUGUGUGUCAAUUUCUAAAAUAUUAGUAAUAAAAUUCAUCACAAUAAAAAUCAUCAAUUUUUUAUAAUGCCGAUCUUCAUUUUACUGAAGCUGAAAUACUAGUGCUUAUGGUGCCAAUAAAAGCUAUUCACGUUUAUAACUAGUCAAAGUUUAGAAUCUCGAUUAUACGAAUUUAUCGAAAGGGACUGUUAUGUGCCGUUUUGCACAAAUAAGUAGGUAUGUACUUUUUUUUUGAUUUUUUUAAUUUGUAUUUCCUCCUCUUUUAAUUUGUAUUUAGGUAUUUAAGGAUGAGGAAUGUACGAUGUGUAGACCAAAAUCAAAUGAUUGGGCAAGCUUCUGGAUGUAGACUGAUUUUGUAAUUUUCUCCAGCCGUCGUGUAUUCAUUAUCUCUGCAGUAAUAACAAAAUGUACGAGUAAAUACUGUUAAGCUAUAGAGCAGGAAUAUGUACCAUAAGCCAUGUGUCACCUCUAUCAAUCAUGAAAGAUAUACUGGAGUAAACAUUGCUAAGAUUUUUUUAUGCAAGGUUUAUUAUUAUUACCUUGAUUGAUUCAUCAUUCAUUAUUGAUAGAGGUGAAGACAUGAGUCUUGCUAUCUCUUUUAUCCGUAACCCGAUCUAUUUUUAUGUAUUGCGAUGUAUAGUAUAUAGGUAUAGCAUAUAGCUUACAAUAAUACUUUGCGCCGCACAAAAAAGAGUCUGGGCUACGGAUGAAAGAGAUAGCCUCAAUAGUGACUUUGCAUCUAAAAGUUAGCAGUUCUCCAGUAUUAUUAGCUUCAUGGUAACAAUACGUCCGUCGGAACGAUGUACGUACUGAUACAGGUCAAACAACGACUUCAUUUUCUUGGUCAUUUUAUUGGGCAGUCGGUGCUGUUUUUAUAAACCAAAUUUGCAUAUAUAAUAUUUCGUAUGACGUUAUAAAUUUUGUCCGAAGCUGCAGAUUGGUAGGUAUUUGCUCUAUGCGCUGGAUUAAUUUAAGAUAAUCACAAAAUUUCAGUUCUUACAUUUUUUUUUGUAAAAAUGAACAAGUCGCAAACACAAUUGAAAAAUGUAUUACUUAAUAUUAAUUUUAAUUGUCACCAAUAAUGACGUUGAAAUAUAAUGGAUGUAGAAUUUUA